UAAGAGCCAGGCCUCUGCACAUAUAUCAUAUAGUGUCUCUCUCUUUCCUGUCAAGCAAAAUGGGGGCUCUUGAUUACCUCUCCAACUUUUGCACUGUCACCACCACCAGGAAAAAACGCAAAGCAAUGCAGACGGUUGAAAUCAAAGUCAAAAUGGACUGUGAUGGCUGUGAACGAAGAGUCAAAAAAGCUGUAACCUCAAUGAAAGGUGUAAAGACUGUGGAGGUGAAUCGGAAACAAAGCCGGGUAACAGUGAGCGGGUAUGUUGAACCAAACAAGGUGUUAAAGAGGGUGAAAAGCACAGGCAAAAGAGCUGAAUUUUGGCCUUAUAUCCCUCAACAUCUGGUUUACUAUCCUUAUGUUGCUGGAGUUUAUGACAAAAGGGCACCGGCCGGCUUCGUUCGUAACGUUGUUCAAGCUUUUCCGGCCACCACCGCGCCGGAGGAUAAUCUUGUUUCGAUCUUCAGUGAUGAUAACGUGAAUGCAUGUUCCAUUAUGUAAGAAUUUUCAUGGUUUGAAUUUUUUUUUUUCAAGGCAAUGUCUCUUUGCCAAGGUUUAUCAAAAAGACUUGAAAGUCUGUCAUCUCUUUGGUUAUGAAAUAAUGGUAAGAUUUAAAGUUUGUUUAGUUAA